CACAGUUCUAUUCUCACCGUAGAUUUCACUAUCAUCUGGCAUUGGGAAGAGUGCUGCCUCAGGUGUUGUAUCCGGUGAUAAUCGUGUCGAGUGUGUGCUAGUCGGUUUAAAGGAGCAGUGUUUCUAACAGUAUUAGACCAAAAUGAAAAUUGAAGUACUACUAGUAACGGUAUGUAUGGCCAUGGCCCUGGCAGCACCACAGCGAACAGAAGCCGAGGCAGAAAUUGUCGCCCAAGAUAGCAACAUCGAUCCAGAUGGUUCUUAUCAAUACAGCUACGAAACGGCCAACGGAAUUCGCGGUCAGGAGCAGGGAACCCUGAAACGAGCCAGCAGUCCGGACACCAGCGACGUCAUCAUUGCCUCGGGGUCAAUCACCUACACGGCUCCAGAUGGGCAGGUCAUUUCGCUGAGUUACGCCGCCGACGACGAAAAUGGAUUCCAGCCACAGGGUGACCAUCUACCAACUCCUCCGCCGAUCCCGCCACAGAUUCAGAAGGCCCUGGACUACCUGGCCAGUUUGCCACCGGCGAACCGACGGCGCUAGGGCGGUUGAUUCGUGACUGCUGAUGGAUGGAUGACGAUUGCUAGUGCUGAUGUAGGCUGAUGGGGGACACUAUGGGAGAAAGAGGGCAGCACGCGACCAAUACUCAAGAUGAUUAGUCUGUUAGAUUGUGUUUUGUUACUGAUGUGAGUUGUGCAUGCAGGAGUGUUGAUGUCGAAUAUGGCAUCAGUAUUUUUUUUUUGUUUCUGUAUAUUUGUUUGAAUUGCAUAUCGAGUACCAAUGAAACUCGUUAAGAAAAAAAAAACAAAAAAAAAGAAUUUCGUGUUCAAGUGCUUUUAAUAACCAUUCAUUGUUUUGACCACUUCAAGAAAACAACUUAUUACUACUAGACAAAUAAUGUUCAAAGGCGUUAAUAAAAUCGCAUGUUGAAAAAAUAA